GUCAUCAGGUGAAGCCGUGUUCUAUCAACGGUACCCAGGACACGUGUCAGAUGUGUAACCCCCACUACAACCAGUCACAGCGGACCUCCUCCUUCACCAUGGACAAGUGUACCUACUGGCCCCUGGACAAGGACUGUAACGACGGAAUAUGUCGACCAUGUGCUGACAACUAUUUCAAGGCCACCGUGGGUUACAAUUUGUGUGAGCCCAAAACGAACUGCUCUGCCCUGGGUCUGGACUAUACGUUUAUGACAGAUGCCAGGGCGGACAACAACUGUAGCGAGCCAGAGCCUGUCACCACGCCAAAACCUGUGGUCACAGAAAAGCCCACAUCUGCGGCUGUGAAUCCUAAACCUCCUAUCUCCCCCAAAGAGAAAACGGUCAGCACUACACCCUCCACCACAGCCAACGAUGACCAGGCGCUGACUGGCGCCUCAAAGGGCACCUCGGACCGGGAAGAGGAUGGCGAGAGUCACCUGUGGCCCAUCAUUGGCUCUGUGCUGUUUGUCCUGGUGGUGCUGGCGCUGAUAGCCACUGUCAUGUGCUACAGGAAAAAGAAAGGCAUGACACCUUGUGGAUGUGACUCCAACAAGAACUGCACAGACGAAGAGAAAUACUUCCCUAAUGGACCCCCAUCCAUUCAGGGUGGAGACCACCACAACAAGGUGGGUGUGGGCAAUGGAGUCAUCCCACAGCACCUGACCUCGGGGGACAAAGUCAUGAACAACAACAUCAAUGGCAGUGGUCAUCUUGCGCCGACGGCACCCCACGUCAGAGUACAACAUGGCAACAACAGCGAUGUGGCUGGGAUGUAUGCCAACAGUGGCCAGGACAAUCUGAUGUAUGCGCCAGGCAGCCCUCAGCAAAAUGUUUACUUCGCACCCUCGGUCGAAAGCAUGGCUGCUGGCGGUGGUGGCAGUGGUCGGCCUGGGAUUCUCAGGAACGGCCAAAAUGGCCGACAACAUCAUCAGAACCCUCAUCAACAGAGAGCCCGGCCAGAGCAGGCUGUGUAUGCCCAGGCGGCCUCUCACCCUCACCACGGCCGACCUGCUGACCGCUCGCUGGACAGUAUCGCCCGAGAGAAGCUGCACGUCAAUGUGGACGGGAUGGAGGCUAACCCAGACGCAGGGGAAGACGACCCAUUGUUGGUGGUCACAGACAGUCCACGGAUUGGGGGAGGAGGGGGAGCUGACGGUGGGGGCUUUCACGAGAGCCAGUUUCAAAAUAUGGCCGCCACGGCCUCGCCUGGCAACUCUCCGCCCGUCCACCCAGUUGGCGGGAUCAACUCGAUGAGGUUUAUGCCCACCAGCGGGGCUCCGGUGGGUGCUCCCAAUGUGACCUUUGUCCCCAGCAGUCGAUUAACCCCCACGGUGGCCGUGCCUUCCCCGCCCCCACCCACCACACAGGUGACUUUUGGCCCACCAGGCCGAGUGACCUUCACCCGAAGUACCUCCGUGAUCGCCAGUCCGGAGGGGGAGGUGGAGGAGGAGGAGAUUGAGGCUCUAGUGCCCAGAUUUAGUCAGCUGUUGCCAGACGCGGACGAGGUUAGUGCCUCAGGGUCAGCGAUGGCUACAAGCUCCUCGGCUGAGCCAACCAAUCCCAUUGUACGCAUGAUGCAGGACAGGGAGAUCCUGGCCCGAUCAGACUCGCCAAUGAGAGAGACCACACAGCAGCUCCGCUCGCCCUCAGAGCGCAUACUUCUACACAAUCACCACCAACAACCCGCAGCGGCCCACCACAAUGUGGGGAAUUACCGCGGCGGGCCAGUGGGACACCCAGCCCACCACCAUAACCCACAGCAACAGCGUGGGAUGGCCCAGCAUACAGCCAGAAUGCGGCCAGGCUACUCCCCCGUGCCCCCUGUCCGUCAGCCGAGCGAGCGGGAAGAUAUGCCAGAGCACUACAUCAUGGACCUGAAGGAGCAGCAGCUGGCUGAGUCGCUUCAGGCCUCCGUGCCCAAUAGCCCCGUUGCCAUGGAGACGCAGCCGAAAACUGUGCUGGACUCAGAAGGCACCCUGACCACUGCGGUCACAAACGAUGAGCGGGAAGUCUCCAAGUUGAGAGAUUUGUCCGGGGAGUCAGACCAGACCAAACUCAAGACAGAGACAAACUCUGUGCUCAAAGAUACGGGGGACACAGGGGCCAGUGCCGAUCAGAAGACGCUUCAGAAGACUGUGGACAGUGAUGUGGGAUACAAACCCACAAUGCCUGCAACCGCUGCCAGUGUAGACGGUAGCCAUGUUAUUCCGGAGAGAGGAGUUGGUUCUGUGCCGAGUGGGAGUGGUGGGAUGGGAGGAGGAGUAGGGGUUGUGGGGUCGACAUCAAACACACUGGACAGAAAACGUGCUCCAAGCGGUGGAAGCAAUUCUAGUGGACAGAGCACGUUGGAAAGACGACGCACGCCCAGUGGAGAGUUGCAGCAGCAUCGCUCGUGUCUGAAGACCUCCGGGCCGGGGGAGGAUGGGGUGGUGCUCUCAGGCCAGCAGGCCCGACGACAGAUGCAACAGCAGGCCUAUGCCAGAACUGUGUCCUUCGAGGAAGAGGAGACGCCUGCCGCGGGCGGGGGUGGGAGUGGUGGGAGGCCCAGGAUAGGCCAGAACGCUGAGUCUAGACAAAAUUCAAGUGGUUCCAGUUCCAAUUCUCAAAGUGGACGUGGCCGCGGUUCAUCCCGCUCAGUGUCAGACUCUGAGGACAAGUUUGAUCCUGUUGGUGAUUCUCCUGGAUUAUUCCGUGAGCGCGACGGGACCCAGAGCUCUGGCAGCAAGAGUUCAGUGAACAGUGAGCUGAGCGGCUCAGAGAGUAGUCACAGCAGUCCCUCCAGGGCUACCAUGUACCGGCGCAGUCAGAGCGAGAACGCCCCCAGUAGCGGCGACUCAGCCCACGUCAUGCCACGCUCAAUGUCCGAGGAGAAACCACAGAAGAUGGACAGACCCAUAGCUAAAGUCAAGC